AUGGGGUUGUCUGAGGGGCUCCCCAAGGUGGGGGACGACAGGGAGAAAGAGCAGCAGCUGCAGCUGCAGCAGCAGCAGCGAGCUGGGGGCAGCAGGGCCGGGCCCCCCAAAGGGGCCCCCCAGAGGAGACUAAGUAAGAAACUAGCAGCAGCAGCAGCAGCAGCAGCAGCAGCAGCAGCAGCAGCAACUGCCUCUAAGGGGCCCCCAGCGCCGCCCCGCCCGCCAGGCCUCUCUAGUUCAUAUCCACUUCCAUCUCGCUCACCUAAGAAAAACAAAACCCAAAUCCCUUCAGGCCCCUAA